AUGACAGCCUCCUUAACUACAAUCGAAGCGGAACGCGCUGCCAAUCUUCAAGAUGCGCAGAACAAAGCUAUGCAGCUGUUUGCCGAAAUCGAACGUGAUCUCAUCCGGCCCGGUAUCAGCGAGAAAAAACUCAACGACGAGAUCUACCAACUUGGCUUUGAUCGCUAUGGAAUCAAAACCCACUGGCACAAGCGAGUAAUCCGCAGCGGACCCAACACGCUGAGCCCAUUCUCCGACAACCCUCCGGACCGUAUCAUCCAGUCCGAUGACAUCCUCGUCGUUGACCUAGGCCCUGUCUUCGAGGCCUGGGAAGCUGAUUUCGGGCGUACCUAUGUCCUCGGCGAUGAUCCCCACAAAAUCAAGUUGCGUGAUUCUCUCCAACCCAUUUGGGAUAUUGUGAAGGCGAAAUACGAUGAAAAUCCCGAUAUGUCCGGUGAUGAACUUUACGGAAUUGCCUGUACUAUCACCAAAGAGUUUGGAUUCGAAUUCGGUGCUUCUUUAGCCGGACAUUUGGUAUCGGAGUUUGCGCAUGAGCGAAUUCCAAACGAUCGGAUUUCGCUCUAUAUCACCAAGGGCAAUAAUGAGUCAAUGAACCAGCUGGGAAAGAAUGGCUUUAAACGCCAUUGGAUCUUGGAGAUUCACCUUCAUGACCCGGUUCAUGGAUUUAAAGGUUUUACGGAGCAAUUAUUAACAGUCGGAUAA